AAGAUAGCAUAAUUCUGACGGAAAGUAUGCGAUAAAACGAGACACCAGUCAAUUUGUACUGUAUCUAGUGGAAAACAAAAGUCGAGAUGAAGAAUGAUACCAGUUCGUCAUUGAUAAAGGAUAAUAACACAAUAAAAGACGUCUGAAGGACUACAACAAGUAAAGCAAACAUCGGGUUAUAUCUGACUUCAAUUCCGUUCAUUCUUCUACGGUGGCUGAUUAGUGCCAUUUCGUUCUGUCGCAGCGACACAACGACAAAAGCUGAAUGUUGCCCCGCCAAAAGUUGCCCCGCCUAACGUCGCCCUGCCGAAUGUCGCCCCCGCCAGAUGUCGCCCGCUGAAUGUAGCCGCACCGAACGUCACCCCGCCGAAUGUCGCCCCCGCCAGAUGUCGCCCGCUGAAUGUAGCCACGCCGAACGUCACCCCGCCGAACGUCGUCUUUUCGCCUUCCGGAUUGAAAAGAUUUAUUCAUUAAAUUGGAGAUUUAAGGUGGUAACAGUUAUGACUAGUUAUGAUAUAUUUGUCAGUCCACAACGAAGUGUUACUUGAAUUUGCUCACUCUUUUUAAGCUCACCUGUCACGUAGUGACAGAAUGAGCUUUUGUGAUCGCCCUUCGUCCGUCAUCCGUCCACAAUUUCUUGUGACCACGAUAGAGACCACAUUUUGCAAUAGAUUUUAAUCAAACUUGCACACAAAUUUUAUUGGCAUAACAUCUCGUGUUUUUUUUUUAAACUGACCAGAUCCCAUCAUGUGUUAUGGCCUCUUAAAGGGUCAAAAUUUGCCAUUUUGGCUUUUGCAACCAUAUAGAGACUUCGUUUGAUUUGAAACAAAUUUGCAAAAUAUCUUUAACAACAAUAGAUCUUGGAUUACAUGAUGAACCGUCAGAUCCAAUCAUAGGUUCCGGAGUUACGGCCCCUGAGUGACCCCUGAAAGAGCCAAAAUUUGUUCAAUUUUACCUUGUGAGCACGAUAGAAGUGACAUUUUACAUUUGAUUUUAACCACACUUACACUCAACUGAACUCACAAUAAGAUCUAGGUUCCUUUCGAAAAACGGCUAGAUUCCUAUUCGGAUUCUAGAGUUACUGCCCCUGAAAAGGGCAAAGCUUUCUAUUCUGGUCAUUUCAACCAUAUAGAGGUUAAAUUUAUGCUUUGAUUGACACAAACUUGCACAAAAUGUUUACCUUGAUGAUCUCUAGGCCAAGUUUGAAACUGGGUCAUGUUGGUUCAAAAACUAGGCCACCAGGUCAAAUCAAAGGAAAAGCUUGUUAACACCCUAUAUGCCAUUUUUUUACACCCCAUCUUCAUGAAAAUUGGUCAGAAUGUUUAUCUUGAUGAUUUCUAUGCCAAGUAUUAAACUGGGUUAUACGGGUACAAAAACUAGGUCAUCCGGUCAAAUCAAAGGAAAAGCUUGUAAACACUCUUGAAACCAUAUUUAUGACCCUAUCUUCAUGAAAGUUUGUAAGAAUAUUUAUCUUGAUGAUUUCUACGACAAGAUCGAAACUGGGUCAUGUGGGGUCAAAAACUAGCUCACCACUCAAAUUAAAGUAAAAGCUUUCUAACACUGUCGAGGUCACAUUUACGACCCUAUCUUCAUGAAACUUGUUCAGAAUGUUUAUCUUGAUGAUUCCUAGGCCAAGUUUAACAGCUGAGCGAUAUAGGGUCAUUAUGACCAUCUUGUUUUAAUUUUGCCGUGCAUUUGGAAAAUACUUUAUGCUUGCCUCAGUGAGGUUGAUUCUCGCGCGAGUAAACAUAAGAUCUCUCUCUUAUAGGCCAAUGUAACACUUGGCUGAGGGGUUUGGGCAUGUGUCAUGCUCACAGGAAUCUAUAACACUGAAGCAAGCAUAUAUAGUAUUUUCCCAAUGUACGGCAUUAGGGACUAACAAAUAUAUCAUAACUAUUAAAUCUUACUAAGUUUUAUCUCCAACUUGAUUAAUAUUAUGAUGUCAUUUCGGAAGGCGAAAAGACGACGUUCCUGCGGGCGACUUUCGGCGUGGCGACAUCCGACUGGACGAUGUUCAGCGGUGCGACAAUUGGCGGGGCGACGUUCGGAGGAGCGUAUUUCGGCGAGGCAACGUUCGUCGGGGUGCAAUAACGACGGUCGGCGGGGCGGGGCGGGGCGACUUUCGGCCGGGCGCCAUAACGACGUUUGGAUAUUAAAGCUACGAAUGUACUUAUUUACAACACAAUAUAAUUCACGACGACGUAAUAACCUGUUAGGCGGGCUACCGGCAAGGCUUGAGUCCAGACACCAAUAAUUCAUUUUGAAGAAUAAAACUGUCAAAUACAAUUACGACAAAAAUAAAAAAGAGACUUAUUUAGUUAUGCUUUCUUGUCAUACAAAAUGAAUCUUUCUCUUGUCACAGUUGGAGGAAAAGAUCAUGUUGGAAAAUUUCACCCUGUACGCGAGUAGCUUUCAAGUUGUGACUUUAUUGAUAUUUUAAAGGUCACAUAACGUGUUUGCGGCCGGACAUGGCACUGAAAUUUUAGCUCGGCCUAAUAUUAAGGUGGACUUGGGAUAGCAACGAAAACACUACUCUUGAAUUUCAGAGUUAAAGAAAGCCCCAGAUGCUGUGCACAACGUUGGCUUUUGGCUUCCAUGGGAUUAUGGCUAGGCAUUAUGACAUAUAUGAUGAAUUCUAAUAUGAGUAUAGCUGUUGUAUGUAUGGUUGGUAGUGACAAAAACCUCACAGGAGUCUAUGAUAGAAGUAAUACAAGCGUAUACUUAGAGGAAGAGUUUAAUAGCUCAAGAAUUAAGCUAGAAAAUGUUUCAGAAAUGUUGGAAUCACCACCGGAAGUGUGUUACAUGACAGAGGAAGGUACGACUCGUACAUCAAAGGGAGCUGAAUUUUUCUGGGAUAAGAAGACACGGUCAUUCGUUUUAUCAAGUUAUUUCUAUGGUUACAUGGUAACCCAGAUUCCUGGUGGCUGGUUUAGUGCAAAAAUUGGCGGGAAGUCCUUAAUAGGCGCAUGCAUGGCAUUGUCCUCUGCUGUGACGUUGCUAAUGCCUUUGUUUGCGAGAGUAAGCGUGUAUUUGUUGAUGGCAGCUAGAGUACUCCUGGGCAUGUCUAUGGGCAUGGUGAUACCGGGAUAUUGUGGUUUAGUUGGAAUAUGGGCAUUACCUACUGAAAGAAGCAGAUUUAUGGGACUGUGUUGGUUUGGGCAAAUGGUUGGUGCCAUACUUGGUUAUACGACAUCUGGUCUUCUCUGUAUACACGGCUUUGAUAAUGGCUGGGCUUCCAUUUUCUAUGUUCAUGGCAUAACUGGUGCUCUGUUUGUGGUGACAUGGUGGUUUCUUAUUUACAGUUCGCCCCAACAGCACCCAAGAAUUACAGAAGCCGAGAUGUCCUUAUUAAUAAAGCAUUCAAAUACUCAAAAAGCUAAUCCAAAAGAGAAUGAAAAGGUGCCAUGGAAAAAAAUAUUUACCUAUUUGCCUGUAUAUGUCAUUUUUGUUACACAUACAUGUGACAACUGGACGCAUUACCUUUUACUCACAUGUUUACCGCAGUUCAUGAAAGAAGUCCUUAAACUAAAUAUACAAAAUAAUGGAUUAUACUCGUGUUUACCUUUUAUAUCGUUCAUGGCUGGCAUUGCCUUUGCUGGUGUGUGUGCUGAUUUGAUCCGAAAGAAAAAAUGCUUCACUGUAACAACGAUUAGAAAAAUGUUGCAACUUACAGGGCUCUUCGGAGUGACUGUCUUUAUACUGAUACCAGGCUAUCUGACUUGCGAACAGAGAGACAUUGCAAUUAUGUGCCUAUGUUUCUGCACUCUGUUUGAAGGUAUUGGUGUUACAGGGGGUUACACGAGCAAUUCCAUCGAUAUAGCGCCGAGAUAUGCUUCUGUGAUAUUUGCCGUUUCAAAUACGAUUGCUUCCAUUCCUGGAAUACUUGCGCCUUUGGUGGUGGCGGAAAUAACAAAAAACCAAUCCAGUGAAGAAUGGAGAGUUGUGUUUUACAUGUCAGCCGGUGUUUCGAUGUUUGCAGCGUUGCUCUAUGGAAUCUUUGCUAAUAGUGAACUUGCACCUUGGGCAAACAUGAACAUUGAUAAGGAAUUAGAUAUAGAAGUUGAUAUUUCCAGGUCUUCAAGCAUGCGUAGUGGAUUUCUUGAGAAGCCGACUGUAAAGGAAGAUCUUUGAAAAACGUUCUUGAAAAAAAAACAUUCAGUGAAAAAAUCUUUUAUUUAUAUAUAUAUAUAUUCAUACGACUGUAUUAUUUGUUAUGUCAUAAAUAUAAAUCUUUGUUAGAUAAACUGUCUAUUUAACAAAUGAUUCUCAAUUAAAGGAAUGAAAAGUUA